GAAGUGAUCGACAAAAGUAUCCCUUAUGGCUGCAAGUGUGACUGCUGGUCCUUGGGUGUGAUGUUGUAUAUCAUUCUUACGGACGAACACCCAUGCUCUCCUGAUGCCCACAAGUUGGACACAGCGGGGCUCUUUGGGAAGAUUCUAACCGGAAGAAUUCGGUCCAGGCCGCUGCAGGAGGCGGAUGUAGACGAUGACGCAGCAGAGCUCCUCUUUGGUCUUCUAGAGAAGAACCCGGAUGCUCGUCUGGAUGCGCAAGCUGCCUUGAGAAGUCCGUGGCUGUGCAGGGUGCAGGACUCGCGACCCAAGCUGCUGCAUAGUCCAUCGUCAUCCGAUCCAGACAUCAAGAGCUCUCAUCAUCUCUCUCCCAUAUCGCAAGGACUGAUUCGAAGGUUGGCAACCUUCCGGCACUACUCCAAGUUCGAGCGGGCGGUGCUGACGCUGGUGGCUCACCGGUCCGAGGACACAACUGUAGCCGAGCUUCGGGAUGCUUUCCACACGUUGGACGUGUCACAGUCAGGCUCUUUGAGCAAGAGCGAGAUCAAGGAGGGCAUUUUCCGAUGUGGUCAUGUCGUGGAGGAUGCGGAAUUGACUGAAAUUUUCUCGGCCUUGGAUGCCGACGGCACAGGAAAAGUUCACUACACGGAGUGGCUGGCAGCAACAAUGCAGCCUUCUGCCUUGGCAACCGACAAGGCCAUCAAGCAGGUGUACCACUACCUGGACAUUGAUCAGACUGGUCAUAUAGCUCCCCAUGAGCUUCAGAGGGUGCUGGGUUGCAGUGACUCGGUGCAAAGUGUUCUGAAGCUUGGUGAUACGGAUGGUGACAGCCUGAUUGAUGAAUCUGAGUUCCGUGUUCUCAUGCGCAACUUGGCGAAAAGGCUCGACCAAAUGGACCUUCAUCCCAGGAGGCUUGGUUUUCAUUUGCCUGAGGCAAACAGCUUGAAUAGCAGCUUGAGUAGCAUGCAUCAACUUUAA